GGGAGAAUUGUCAAGUACGGCUGAGUGGAUCAAUUGCUUUACUCUUCUCAUUUGGAUGUGUUUGGGAUACGCAACCAUCAGCGCUUGCGUCUUGGCGAUAGCGUGUUUGUGGUCAAUCGAAUUGGCAGUGAUAGCGGUUCAACGGGUUAUCAACAAGGGUGUUGGAAAAAGCAAUGCUGCUAUAUGGGCCGCACCACAAAGCGAGCUAUUAUCAGUUUGUAUUGACAUGGAACGUCUCUUUCACGACCUUCUGCCUCAAGUCCUUUUCGCGACUACCAUCGUCCCCCUCUUCGCAAUGGAAGAUGUUAUUAUCAACGGAUCGGAAGCUGAUGGGUUUUCGCUAUCCAUCAUACCCGCCAUCAUAGUGGGGCUCAUCCCGGUAUGCGAGUUUAGCGAUGCCGUGCUCCAGGGGCGCAACUCUCUGCAGUCAGCUGUGUACUUCGGGCCCUGGCUGGAGGAGCCGGUGUCCACGCAGCGCCACAUGCUGUGCUUUGCUUUUGCGUCUUUCAGUCGCCGAGGCUUUGUUUCUGGUCCACUUGUAAAAGCGUUUUGUCGCCGUACUUUAGGCAAAGUGUUAAUCCAAUGGUUUAAAUUCCUACAGGCUCUGCUGAAUAUCCAAAACCACAAGACUGGAAGAAUCUGACACAAGUACGCCAGUAUGGCUGUCCAUUCGUUUCAAAUUUGCACUGUUAGGGAGGUAAGGGGUCGGUUGGACUCUUUACGCACCGGUGCCCAAAUAACACCUCUAAAUCCACUCAUACCGUUUGAAGGUCCUGUUUUCAACCGCUAUGAUGGGUCCAAAGUGAGGCUCAGAAAGGUUCCGGCUCGGGGUGGUAAGUGGCCCCACCGAUCCCUUUCUCAGGUCACCGACGAUAGCCGGUCGGCUGAGGCAAGGGUUCCAGUUCGAGCAGGUAGUACAGGUAACAAGGGCUGGAUUCUGGGGCUGCUCGCUGACCCCUCCUCGCGCCUACCUGUCAUUGAGUGACAAGGAGAGUGGUUGCCCAAUAGCGAUUGCGACCGCCCAUCUCUAUACCACCUUACAGCGCGGGACCUCCAGAGGUUCCAGCUGGUGCCUUCGUAGUGUGCGUAUCAGCGACCCCAGAGGUCACCCGCUGAGGUAUCGCUAGUCCCCAUCUAGUAUAUUGGGGCCUUCCUAGAGUGCACACAGUAGAGUCACUGCGGCGGCGGGCAUGCACUGAAAAAAGAAACAAAAUAUUAGUGCUUAGGGCAGGUGAAAAACCCCUACGCAGUUCGCUCUUGGCUCGGCUCCAAAAACAGAUAACUUCUAUAACCAGAGCAUACGUUGCUAGCCGCACGACAACGGUCCUUGGUCCAACGACAAGGUAACUGGCUCGAGAACAUUCCGAAUGAGAACUACGUAGAAUGAAGGACAUAGUGUCGCACGGUUAGCAACAAAAAUGUUUUUGAGCGAGCAACAGGUCUUGAUGACCGGCAUCAGCACUAAGUUUUUUUCAGUGUGCUCCCUUCCAUGUUUGAAGUAUGGUUUUACGAUGUAGAAAUAAAUAAAACGGAAAAACAUAUGUUCUGAUAUGUUUAGCGCUGUUUUUCCCUCUGCAUUAUUAAAUCUUCUUCUCUUCAUCUGAAAAUACUUUGACUGCCGAUGUGACCAUGGCUAUUGCACUACUACUAGCCGCUAGCAUACGCUUGGCGCUAGCAGUGCCGGGAGCAGAACCUAGACCAUGCUAACUCAGCGGUCGUUCGUAACUUACUGGGCCAUAGAGCCCGAGGGAUUCAUUACUUCGGUGAACAGUGUACACCCCAUGACGUGUCCUAUGUUCCAUCUGCGGCGGGGCAUUUUCACAAUGUCUUAUCUGCAAAAGGCGCUU